UGUGUCAAAAAUGCAAAGUUGCAGUUGGUUGCUAUAUUUUUAGUCUAAAAGUAGUAUUAUAAUUAGGGGUAAAAAAACGAAAGCGUUUUGUUUGGUGUUAAAAUAUAAUCAGUUUAACAAAAGUGAAAGAAAAACUAUCAGAAUGGGUAAACGACAACAUCAAAAAGAUAAGAUGUAUCUCACGUAUACAGAAUGGACUACGUUGUAUGGAGGAAAAAGGUCAGGAACUGCGGUGGAAGAAGAUACGACAUUCAAAAGACUCCCCUAUGACCAUUGCUGCAUGUGCCUGCAGCCAUUUGAUGAUCCAUACUGUGAUACGGAUGGAAAUGUUUUCGAACUGCAAGCCAUUUUAGAAUUUGUUAAGAAGUUUAAAAUUAACCCUGUUACUGGCAAGAAAAUCGAUAUCAAGACACUAACUAAACUUAACUUCCACAAAAAUGCAGAAGAUGAUUAUCACUGUCCUGUUCUCUUUAAACCUUUUACAAAGAAUUCUCACAUUGUCGCAAUACGAACAACAGGCAAUGUGUAUUCAUAUGAGGCAGUGGAUCAGCUCAAUAUUAAAGGAAAAAACUUUAAAGACUUGAUUAAUGAUACCCCAUUCACAAGAAGUGACAUUAUUACUAUACAAGAUCCAAAUAACUUGAGUAAAUUCAACAUAUCUAAAUUUCACCAUGUCAAGAAUAAUUUGAGAGUUGAAACGGAAGAGGAGAUUGCUAUGAAGAAGGAUCCACAAGCAAGGCUAAAAACAGUCUCAGCUGAAACAAAAGAUAUUUUACAAGAAUUAGAGAGAGACUACAAGGCCCCAGAGAAGAAGGAAGUUAAGAAAGAGGUUGCUGAUAAAUUUAACGCCGCUCAUUAUUCUACUGGCAUGGUAGCAGCCAGUUUCACAUCAACUGCAAUGGUGCCUGAAACUGUACAUGAGGCAGCUAUCAUAUGUGAGGAUGAAGUGAAGUAUGAAAGAGUAAAAAAGAAAGGGUAUGUAAGACUUGUUACUUCGUAUGGCCCUUUAAAUUUUGAAUUAUAUUGUGAUAUGACACCAAAAGCUUGUGAUAACUUCAUAAAGUUAUGUAAUAUGGGCUACUACAAUGGAACAAAAUUCCACAGAUCAAUAAGAAAUUUCAUGAUUCAGGGUGGCGAUCCAACAGGUACUGGACUUGGUGGAGAAUCAAUAUGGAAAAAACAGUUUGAAGAUGAGAUCCGACCUAAUUUGCAUCACACUGGCAGAGGUAUACUAUCUAUGGCAAAUUCUGGUCCUAAUACAAAUGGAUCACAGUUUUUCAUAACAUUUCGAUCCUGCAAACAAUUGGAUGGAAAGCAUACAAUAUUUGGUAAAUUGGUUGGAGGAUAUAACACUCUGAAUGUAAUGGAACAAAUAGAAGUUGACAACAAGGACAGACCAAUCCAUGAUAUUGUCAUAGAAGUAGCACAAGUAUUUGUUGACCCAUUCGCUGAGGCUGAGGAAGAGCUUAUAGCAGAAAGAGCAGCUGAAUUGAAACGUCAAGCGGAAGCAGAAGGCCCUGGUGUUAAACCAAAGAAAGCUUCUGCACAGCCACUUAAGGUGUUCAGAGAAGGUGUUGGAAAAUAUCUGAAUUUACAACAAGCCACAAGCAAAGGAACAAAGAUCCAGGAAAUCCCAUGUAAGAAGCCAAAGAAAGAUGCAAAAUACAAUUUUGGAAGUUUUGAGUCUUGGUGAAUGUAAUGAUUUUAUAUAUGUAAAUAAAAGUUGUAUUUGUAAUGUUUUAAGUUAAUAUAUUAGUGAUUUACUAGAAUACUGUCAUUUUUUUAUUAUAUCUUACAACUAAAAACAAAUGACUUACAAACUAAAUAAAGAAAUGCUUAUCUAAUUCUUUAAAGGUAUUAUAUAUUUAUACUAAUUAUAAUGAAUUCUCUAAUAAUAAAAUGUGAUAGUUAAUAUUAUUUGAUUUCUUAAUUUAAAAUAUCAUCAAGAUUCUACAUGUGACAUAAAUACAUCAUAAAUGGAUUCAUUUAAUUAUACAUAGUAAAACAAAAUUGUACUAGUUGUAAAAUGGUCACAUUUUAGUUGUAAUUCUGACGCCUCCUUGCAGUUCUCUGCUUGUCAAAUCGCAUUUCCAUCUCUUCCAACACCUUAGGUGUGUAACGUACUACUAAUUUAACAGAUCCGACAGCUUGCUUGAGCAGCUCUACAGCUUUUUCAUGAUUUUCACCUUCUACUGAAACUCCAUUUACUGAAAGCAAUUGAUCUCCUCUUUUUAGUCCACCAUGGCGAUCUGCUACUCCCCCGGGAAUAAUACGUGAUAUAUAAAUUGGAGAGUUCUGUUCUUUUCCUCCCAUUACAUUAAAUCCCAAACCCUCUUCAGUUUUUGGUAGCUCAACAACUCUAGGGUGAGCGUGGCCUUCGGCGGCUGCAAAGGCAGCAACAGUGGCUUUAGCUGUUGCCGAUGCACGAAUAUCUGCAGAACCUUGUAUGUCUACGGUUUCAUAAACAUGUUCAUAUACUUCUCUCACAGCAUUCAAAAAAUCACUUUGUAACACUUUUUGCAGUGCAGCAAGUUUCGUUGCUGGUACUUCUCCACUUUGCUGCAGCUUUUCUAAUAAUUCGAUAGCCCUUUUUAUGUCUCUGGCUAACGUUAGCUGUUCACCAGAACUAGUCAUUGUCUUAGUUUUAUUGAAAUGGAUGAAAAAAGACCGUCCGUAGGGCGUAACGUAAACACGGAUCACAGACCAACACGGAGAUAUCU